AUGCCUACCAUACGCCUCCAUCCCCAGUCCUCAUCUAGAAAAGAAACAACAAAUACGCCCUUCCCAGUCACCAACCCCCUUCCUCAGCUCCUCCAAACCCCCUCAGGCCUCGCCCUGCUCGAGCUCCAAGGCACCAUCAAUAUCCCCUCGACGGAACAAGAUGAAUACGACGGAACACCAGCACCACCAUCACCAAAUGGUGCGUCCUACGAAACCCCGAUCGGCAAGCUCAUGUUCCCGAAUUACUCGGCCCUGAACCCCGACGACACCAAGUGGAUGAAGCACGCAUAUCUUUAUGUGGGUCGAUACCAGCGCAUGACUGGGGAAGUGAAGAAGUUGAUCAAGCCAAUUGCUUUGUUGCAGAGGCGGCCUUCCUCUUCCACAGAAAUCGAAGACUUGGAGGUUGUGGAGAUUGUGCGGUAUAAGAUCUUUUUCAAGAAUCGACCGGAGCCUGUCAACACGGUUUGA